CUAUAACCAAGAGCAAAGGUCCUACGGACCGCUCUGACAGGUACUGACAAAUAGAACGGUACUUGACUGCAAGAACGAACCUUGGUGCAGCUUAGUCGCAUCUACAAAUGGGGAAAGUGCUUUAGUAUGGAAGUUUUUAUGGCACGAACCGGCACUUCUGACAGUUGCAUAUGAUUUAUCAUCCUUGACAUCUGCCUUUUUUUGAAGAAUGUAUUCAAUCCACAGGAACUCGUAUCUGCACAAUUAUUAUAAAGAUGUGAACCCAAGACUGAUCAAUCGUUCUGUUCAAAGAGCGAUUGAUUUUCUCGAUUGCAAUGACCGAACGUUGGUUCAGCCUGAACCAUUGCCUUCUGAGCAGCCUGGUGCAAGUGAGGAAGCGCUGCCAUAUGUUUGUGAGGAGGAUGUACCGUACCUAGGAGAUAUUACGGAGGAUGGAUAUCCUGAGGCCAUGCCGACUGAGUUGCAGCCACAAGUAUCAAUUGAGAAGCCAGCUUCUUCUAGACCAACCACGCAUGAAGUGGCAUUCCGCCAAGUCAAACGAGCGUUCCCAGCGCUAAUAGACGAGCAUGAUUUGGAACCCCCUCUCAACCGUAUGACCUCCGAGCAACCAAACAUACCAGUGCAAUAUGUGGAUGCCACAAGGCGACCACUGGGAUUUGGCUGUGUGGCAAUGCGAAAACUCAGGAGAGAACUUCAUCACAAACAUGAAGAAGUCGUUAUUGCAGCCAUUGAGAGUAUUUGUGAUAUUGUGCACGACCCAGAAAGAGGUUACGAAGCGAUAAACCUAAAAAUUGUGAAUCGUCUGGUAGACAUGAUUGCUCACGAGAACGCGGCAAUCCGGGAAAAAACAUGUAAAACUUUAACUGUAUUGGCUGGUUUGGCAGCGGGAAAGGAGGCUAUAGUGGAUAACCCAUUCUUGCUAGAAAACAUAGCAAUUUGCGUUGAGGAUUCACAUCCAGAAGUACGGAUGCACGCAGCUUCCAUGCUGGAAAUGAUUGCCAGGUUUUGGAAAGGGAUGACCGUCCAGAUAGUGUCUUGGACACAGAAAGAAUAAUUACCGAGGUGGAAAAAAGACGUGCUCUUUACAACAAGCAACCGAAAGAGUAUACUGACCGGAACUUGAAGGAAAAAGUGUAGGGCGAAGUUUGUAUGAAUGUAAUACGCAAUUGGAUGGAAUUAUCUCCAACGGGAAAACAAAAGAAAGGAAAAGAAAUACAGAAAAAGUGGAAGAAUCUGAAGGACUGCUUUGCAGGGGAACUUGCAGCUCAACGAAAAGGGGAAAAUGGUGAACCUGCAAAAAAAAGACGAAAAUACAUUUAUUUCUAUUUGUUUUUAUUUCUGCUUCCAUCCAUGAAUGAUUGACCUACAAGUAGUAACACUGCACCUAUAGAAAAUACUAACGACAAUAUCCAAGAACAGAACACGCCCACUCAAGGUCCUAAUUUACAAGACAACAAUGAAGAUCAACUGAACACUCCAACGCGUCGUCCUAAGAAAACACCAAAAAAAAAUAACGUCCUACGAAAGCUCUCUAAUAAGCAUCCUUCAACAAAAGCAAAACGAAGAUAUCGGCGAGAACACGCAAUUUGCUUUAAUGCUUGUCCCCAUGCUACAAAAACUGAACGACGAACAAAAAUAUUACGCUAAAAUAGAGAUUGUAAAUGUAAUGAAAUAUGCCAGGAAUUACUAUGCUCCGCCAGUUGUUCACUAUCCUGACAUGACCCGUAGAGGUAGCUACAAACCGCCUUCGCAGGUACUUCCAUUCUCCAACUGUCAGCCAUCGGGACACCUGCAAACCAUUUCGCAGCCACCAGAAGAUUCACAAACCGUUUCGCAGCCAUCAAGACAUCCACAAACAACCGUUUCGCAUAAUUCAAAAUGUUCUAUGAAGAGUUACUAUUCGCAAUUUUCAGAUAGUAUACUAUCUCCCACGGCAGGUUCCUCCUCAUGUGACUACUCUAUGACAUUAUCUCAGACAUUAUCACCUGCACGCUCUGAUUCUAAUAAUGAGUUGUUUGAGUUGUCAAAUCAAU